AUAUGUGCAUUGCAUUCAUUUCUGUUCGUGGAUUGUGAUCUUUUGCUCUCUCUCCACUUUUAGCCAUCCGUGUUAUUUUACGCGUCACUGUUCCUUUAAGAAAACAGUGAAUGGUGAAUGAAUUUGAGCUGCUCGGCGCUGACGUAAAGGGAGUUGGAGGCUGGUGGUGGAUCCUGGAAGAAGAUGAUGAUGAGGAGGAGGACCAGGCAGGGGGAGCCUCAUUUGAACAUGUUUUAUGUGUUGUGUGUGAUUCUAUCUGCGCGCACAUUCAAGGAUUAGAAGGGACAGAAGUUGUGUGUGUGAUCCUAACAGUGCGUCUUCAGUCCUCCGCCCUUUUCUGGUCAUCUGUAUACACCCCAUUUUAAGUGUCCAAAGUGGGUCGUGAUGUUCUGUCGGGAAUAAGGAUAAGCCCCGUGGACAUAUGGGCUCAGAUGGUGCUGGACAUUUUAGAUGUAGAUGAAACCUGGUGGCAUCAGUCUUGAAAAACCCAUCAGGACCAGGAGGAACAGUCGGGAAAUCCAAUUAACGCGCGCCACAGGACGACGCGCCACGGUCACUCCAGCAGCUGCGUCCACGGUGUCACCCACCAACAGCCAACUGCUUCCUCUGAAAUGGAGUUCAGGAGACAUGCAGUGACAGAUGACUAUAAAAUUACAGCCCAGGUUCUUGGUCUGGGGAUUAAUGGCAAAGUGCUGGAAUGUUACUGCAAGAGGACGGGAGAGAAAUGCGCCCUCAAGAUUCUGUAUGACACUCCUAAAGCCCGACGGGAGAUUGAGCUGCACUGCAGAGUGUCUGGAGGCCCCCACAUCGUACGGAUACUAAACCUGUAUGAGAACAUGCACCAGGGCAAGAAAUGUCUCCUCAUCAUAAUGGAGUGUAUGGAGGGAGGCGAGUUGUUCAGCCGCAUUCAGGCCAGAGGGGACCAGGCCUUCACAGAGCGAGAGGCGUCAGAGAUCAUGCAUGACAUCGGCACAGCUAUCAAGUACCUCCAUCUCAUGAACAUUGCACAUAGAGAUGUAAAGCCUGAAAACCUGCUGUACACCACCAAGGAGAGUAACGCUACACUAAAACUCACUGACUUUGGCUUUGCAAAGGAGACGACGCUGCAGAACUCCCUCCAAACUCCCUGUUAUACUCCAUACUAUGUUGCUCCAGAGGUGCUUGGGCCAGAGAAAUAUGACAAAUCAUGUGACAUGUGGUCUCUGGGCGUCAUCAUGUACAUUCUGCUCUGUGGGUUUCCUCCAUUCUACUCUAACACAGGCCAGGCCAUCUCUCCAGGCAUGAAGCAGAGGAUCAGACUGGGACAGUACAAGUUCCCAAACCCUGAGUGGGCUGACGUUUCUGAGGAAGCCAAACAGCUCAUUAUUCAGUUACUGAAGACAGACCCAAAUGAAAGGAUGACCAUCGGGCAGUUCAUGAACCAUCCAUGGAUCAGUCAGUCCAUGGUGGUCCCUUCAACUCCUCUGCACACCUCCAGAGUUCUGACCGAGGACAAGGAGCUGUGGGAUGAUGUCAAGGAGGAAAUGACCAGUGCUCUGGCCACCAUGCGGGUUGACUAUGACCAGGUGAAGAUCAAAGACCUGGACACGUCCAACAACCCUCUGCUGAACAAGAGACGGAAGAGGCCAACAUCUGGAGGAGCCGAAAGAGGAGAAGGUGGAGGAGGAGGAGGAGGGUGCAAUAGUCAUACAGAAGGAUCAUAUUCUGAAGACAAUGAGAAAAUGAUUAUUGAACAGAAGUAGAAAAUAUACAGCCAGAGUAGCACUAUAUCACAUUGUAUUGCAUAUGUUUAUCUGUAUUUGUAUCACUGCACUUAAGAACUGAAUGAAUGUCAUUGGUUUUAAAUGUUACUACCCUAACAUGUUAAAUACAUUUUUCUUUUUUGUUUUA